AAACAUCGAGUCGCAUGGAGACUAUACUGGUGAAUGGCGUCGAGAAGAAUCUCAACCAGUUCAUGUUCAAGAACGCGAUCUUUCUCUGCGAACGUCUCUGCGCAGAAUUCCCGUCCGAGGUGAACAUGCAAUUGUUGGCGAGGUGUUACUUGGGUAACAAUCAAGCUUACUGCGCUUAUUACAUUCUGAAAGGUUUGAAAGCACCUCAGUCAAGGUAUCUGUUUGCAUUGUCAUGCGUAAAGUUGGAUCACCUUGUUGAAGCUGAAGCCGCCUUGUUGCCCGGUGAAGAUGAUGUUGGAGAAGUAGCUGGUGGUGCAGCCGGGAAUUAUCUUCUUGGUCUUAUAUAUAGAUACACUGGGAGAAGGCACAGUUCAGUGGAACAUUUCAGGAUGGUGUUGUUACUUGAUCCGUUAUUUUGGGAGGCAUAUGAAGAACUUUGUAUGUUAGGUGUUGCUGAAGAAGCCUCCUCUGUUUUCGGUGAAGUUGCUUUACAGCGUAUUCAAGAAACUUAUCUUGGACAAACAUCAAGCUUCUCACAGAGAACGAUCGUAAAUGAGUUUUCAGAUUCUGACAAGACCUUAAAAGAUUCAAAGUUAAGGCACAAUGAACAUUUUUUGGGGAACGGGCAACAAAGUGUUACAUUAGAUUCCUCAAAACAACUGGAAAAUAGCUCUCAAACAAAUAAUUCAGACUGGAACACGCCUUCUCCAGUGCCACCACAGGUACCGGAUGUUGCCCCACCUCAGCUACGUAAGAAUCUGCGUGCUCCAGCAGGUGAAAAAAUGGUUCCAGAAAGGUUGUAUCCUGAAACAAGGCCCCGUCGGAGUGCUAGAAUAGCAGCACGGAGAAAAAUAAACAUGUCACAGUCAUCCGGAAGUGAUGCUGAUUGCUUACAUGCUUCGUCAUCUGAGUCAAACUCUGCAACUUCUCUUUCCUCAAUGAUUGAAAAAUGCCGAAUCGAAAGCAGCAAGGAAGGUUUCUGCUCUCGGCCUGUUGCUACUUCAAAUCAUACAGCAACAACAUCUGGCCAGACCAUAUCCGGGACUGGCAACUCCGUUGAUGACGAGGAGAACUCAAGGCUAACUGGGUUUGAGUCAGGUCCUUCGAGCAUCAUCUUUGGCAUCUCGGAAGUGCUAAACCUUCUGAGACUUCUUGGUGAAUGCCACAGACACUUGCUCAUGUACAAUUGUGAGGAUGCUUUGUUUGCCUAUGAGAAACUAUCAGAGAAGCAGUACAAUACUCAAUGGGUUCUCUCACAGGUUGGAAAAGCGUAUUUUCAGCUUCAAGAUUACUUCAAAGCUGACUCUGUCUUUCUUCUUGCACAUCAAAUGUAUCCUUAUGCUUUGGAAGGAAUGGAUAUUUACUCCACUGUUCUUUACCAUCUGAAGGAAGAGAUGAGAUUAGGCUACUUGGCUCAGGAGUUGCUGUCGAUUGACCGUCUAGCUCCGGAAUCGUGGUGUGCUCUUGGAAACUGCUACAGUUUGCAGAAAGAUCACGAAGCUGCUCUCAAGAUCUUUCAUAGAGCUAUCCGACUGAAUCAAAGAUUCGCUUAUGCGCAUACCCUUUGUGGCCACGAGUUCGCUGCCUUGGAGGAAUACGGGGAUGCAGAAAGAUGCUACCGAAAGGCACUUGAUGUAGACGAGAGACAUUAUAAUGCAUGGCAUGGUCUCGGAAUGAUUUACCUCCGUCAAGAAAAGUUCGAAUUCGCUCAGCACCAUUUCCAACGGGCUCUCCGAAUAAAUCCACGGUCUUCGGUCAUCAUGUGCUAUAAUGGGAUUGCCUUGCAUGAAUCAAAGAGAAGCGAUGAAGCAUUGGAGACAUUGGAUCAGGCGAGUAUAAGCGAUUCGAGGAAUCCGCUCCCGAUAUACUACAAAGCUAACGUACUAGUUGGCCUCGGGAAAUACGAAGAAGCUGCGAAAGUUCUAGAGGAACUCAAGGAUUGCGUUCCUCAUGAGAGCAGCGUCCACGGUUUGCUCGGUAAAAUCUACGUGCAUAUGAAGUUAUACGACAAGGCCGUAUUCCAUUUCGGAAUCGCCUUGGACUUGAACCCUUCUGCCAUUGACGCGGUCCAUAUAAAGGCUUGUAUGGAGAGAUUGAUAGCACCAGAGGAGCUGGAGGAUUAUAUAUAGAUCCUUUUUGUCCAUAUAAUGAAUCAUUAGAAUUUUAAUUCAGGUGUAUCCGUGUUUAAGGAAUCAAUAGAAACAGAGUUUUGUGAAACUUCUUGAUGAGAAAACUACAGACAAU